CUUCUCUUUUCAUCUUCUCUUAGUACGAUCUCAAGCUCUACAAAACCUCAACAAUGGCGCCACUCGAAGCCUCAUCACUCCAUCUCUCUUCUCCACCUCUCCAGAACCCACCAAGAGCUCUCCCAGAUCCACUCCCUCCUCGUCCGAACCCAGUUGAUCCAUGACCACCGAGCCUUCUCUCGGCUUUUCCUCGCCUUCGCUUGUCUCUCUGACCACCCCGAUUCUCUCAGCCAUGUUGGUUUUUGAAGGCAAGCAAGUUCAUGCUCGUUUGGUGAAAAGCUCAGAUGGUGUUAGUUCUGAGUCUUGGAAUUCAUUGAUGGAUUUCUAUUUGAAUAUCGGUGAGGAUGUGCGGAAGGUGAGGAGGAUUCUUGAUGGAAUGAAGGAUCCAUGCAUUGUUUCUUGGAACUGUUUGCUUGAUGGGUAUGUGAAGUCUGGAGAGAUCGAGAAUGCACGCAAGGUAUUCGAGGAAAUGCCUGAAAGGGAUACGGUUUCAUGGACGACAAUGCUUUUGGGUUACGUGAAUGAGGGGAUGUUAGAUGAAGCUUGCUGUUUGUUUGAUGAAAUGCCAGAAAAGAACAUGGUUUCUUGGAGUGUGAUGAUUAAGGGGUUUUGGAGAUCAGGGUGUUACAAGGAGGCAUUGGAUCUUUUCAAAGAGAUGCAGGUUUUGGAUAUCGAGAUUGAUAAGAUAACAUUGACGACGUUGCUGUCGGCUUGUGCUGGAUUAGGUGCUCUUGAUCAAGGUUGUUGGAUACAUGCGUUUAUCGACAAACAUGACAUUCAAGUUGAUGCACAUCUCUGCACAGCUCUUGUCGAUAUGUAUGCGAAAUGUGGGAGAUUAGAUUUAGCACGCAAAGUUUUUCGGGGAUUCAAGAAAAGAAAGGUGUUUGUCUGGAAUGCAAUGCUUGGUGGACUUGCGAUGCAUUCUCUAGGUCUUGAAGCUGUCGUAUUAUUCUCGGAGAUGUUAAGUUCUGGAAUUAGGCCUAAUGAAAUCACCUUCAUAUGUGUUCUAUCAGCUUGCAGCCACUCGGGGCUUGUCAAAGAUGGGCUGCAAAUAUUUCACAGUAUGGCCGAGGAUUACAAGAUCAAACCUUGUGUGCAACACUAUGGAUGUUUGGUGGAUCUUCUCGGCCGUGCAGGCUUGUUUGAGGAGGCGAAAAGAGUCAUUGAGGUCAUGCCGAUGAAAGCCAAUGGUAAUGUGUGGCGAGCUUUGUUGGGAGCUUGCAGGGUCCAUGGAUGUGCUGAACUAGGAGAGCGAGUAGGGAAGAUGUUGUUAGAAAUGGAGCCAAUGGAUGAUGGGAAUUAUGUGCUUCUAUCCAAUGUAUAUGCUGUUGAUAAUCGAUGGGAAGAUGUCGCGAGGUUGAGGAAAGAGAUGAAGGAGAAGAGAGUUUUGAAAACACCAGGAUGGAGUUCCAUAGAAUUAGAUGGAGUUGCUUAUAUGUUUGCUUCCGGGGAUUUGUCCCACCCUCAGAGCAGAGACAUAUAUUCUUUGUUAGAUGAACUGACCAAGCAGCUUGUUGUUGCCAAUGUUCAGUGAUUUGUAGUGUAUAUAAACACUUA